AUGGUAUCUCCUGCCAAACGGUCUGUCAGAUCUCCAUUAAAGGAAACAGACGCAAACUUAAACCAAUUGUUAGUCAUAUCACAAGUUAAGAAUGAGAAUCUUAACAUAGCACCUUUAAAGAAACGUUCUUUGGAAAGAUUAGAGCAAAAGGAAUUGGAUUUAAAUAACAAACGUCCGAAGAUUGAAAGGGGAAGAUCCAUUGAAGGUGCCAUUCAGGUUACUAAGACAAAUGCUCUCAAAAAGAAAGAAGAACAAAAAGUUACACCUUCUGAUCUAUUGGAGUGGCAAAAUAAUUGGAAAAAAAUCAUGAAACGAGAUUCAAAGAUAUACUUCGAUACUGCUGAUGAACUUGAUACUUCGAGAUCUAUGAAGACGAAAAUGGAUAAGAAACAAGAAUUGUUAAAAUGUGGGUUUUCUAUGCUUAGUGCGCAGAUCACAUCGUUUUUUGAUGCCAGCAGUACUAUUGUUAUAACUAGGCGGAAUACCGACAACAUACAUCUUUUACCUGAAACAGAUAUACUUCGUAGAGCUAAAAGAAACUAUAUGAAAGUUUGGAAUUAUGAAAAGGCAACAAGGUUUUUAAAAAAUUUGGACGUUGAUAUCGAUAAGAUUGAUAUGAGUAAGACAGCUCUUGCGACGAGAACGUUAUCUAAUUUAUUACAAAAUGAGAAAAAAUAUGGACCUAGCGAUAGAGAUCCACGAACAAGAAGAGAUGAUGUUCACUAUUUCAAAAAUCCUCAUGUUUAUUUGUAUGAUAGUUGGCAAACAUGGGCUCCAAUCAUAGCAUUAGAAUGGAAAAGACACGAAUUGAACAAGGAUGAUAACUUACCUUAUCCAACUCUGAAAAUAGGAACCUUUGGCAGAUGUCCAUUUAUUGGUGAUAGAAGUUGCGAUGAAAGUAGUUAUAAGAGAGCCAUUAAAAGGUUUUCUCGUGACAAGACAAAUAAGCCAUAUGCUCUCGAAUUACGCAGAAUGUAUCAGCAUCAUUGUGAACCCUCUAUAGAAAAUGUUGAUCUAAUAUUUAUCCCCCACACAUGCAUGGAUUCAAAGAAAUUAGUUGAUAGCUGGUUACAGAGAAUUAAAAGGGAACCGCAGGUUAAAGCAGUAGAAACUAAUGAUCUACCAACAACUAAACAAUUAAUGUGGGGAGAAAAAGUACCUGCACCACCAAAAUUGAAAAAUAAUUUACAAGUGCUACCUGGACAAGAAACUGAAGAAUUCCCUGAUGAUUUAUGUACGAUAAAAAGACAACCAAGAAUUCCAUACGAGAUUAAGGCUAGUGGAGUCAACCAGUCUAAUGAUGCGGCAACCUCAUUCGGCAAUGGGCUUGGACCAACUAAGGCAACGGUUACAAGUAAGAACAUAAGAACUCUGAAUCGAUUAGUUAUAGAUCGAAAGCUAGAAGUCAAUCGAAUUCCAUUGUUAGUUAAUAAAAAGUCAAGCAAUGAUGUCAAAUCAGAAACUAAAAUUAUAAGUCAUGGUCCUACCAAGGAUGUCCCCUCAAAGAUGAAAACUAAUGUUAAGGAUGGCGUUCCAGGUAAAGAACCUCCUCCAGCACAAGAAAAAGUCGUUAAUAAUUCAGGGUAUUGUGAAAAUUGCCGUGUAAAAUAUGAAUCUUUGGAAGAUCAUAUUGUAUCUGAAAAGCAUAUGGAAUUUGCUGACGAUGAUUUAAAUUUUGAAUCCAUUGACUAUUUAAUCGAAAAGCUGCAAUUCCAAUUUUAA